GAGUUGAGUAAGAAGAAAGAAUGACCAACCGCUCAUUCAAGCACUAUUAAAGUCCAUAUAACCCAAUUGCGUUCUAGACAUUUUCGCAGAAAAUAUCACUCCAAGCAAAACCAGAAACAUGGAACACUACACAACCCUCUACUUCUUCUCCUCCUUUCUUCUCCUCUUUCUUACUUUAAAACUCUACCAAUCAAAAAAACAUGGUAAAAAUCUUCCUCCUAGUCCACCUUCCUUUCCAAUUAUCGGCCAUUUCCAUCUUCUAAAAAACCCUGCACACCGCACUCUCCUCACUCUAGCUAAAAAAUACGGGCCCGUCUUCUUGCUCCGAUUCGGUUCCCGCCCUGUAAUCAUCGUCACUUCAUUGUCCGCUGCCGAAGAAUGCUUCACCAAAAACGACAUCAUUUUUGCUAACCGUCCAAGAUUACUCGUGGGCAAACAUUUUGGUUAUGACAGCACUACCAUGGUUCUAGCACCGUAUGGUGACCACUGGCGUAACCUCCGCCGCAUCGGCGCUAUCGAAAUUUUCUCAAAUCAUCGACUAAAUAUUCUUCUGAGCAUUAGAAAAGACGAAAUCAAGAGACUAAUUAUUAAUUUAUCUCAUAAUUGCAUGCAGGAUUUCUCUAAAGUGGAAUUAAGAUCGAGGUUUCUAGAACUAACGUUUAAUAUUAUGAUAAGAAUGAUUGCAGGGAAGAGAUAUUAUGGCGAUGAUGUGAGUGACGAAGAAGAGGCGAGGGAGUUUAGGAAGAUAAUGAAGGAGGCAUUUGCUUAUGGUGACGUAACAAAUCCAGGAGAUUUUUUGCCUAUCUAUAAUUGGAUUGACGGUGGUGCUUUCGAGAAAGGAAUGAUCAGAAUUGCUAAAAGAUGCGAUGAAUUUUAUGUAGGUUUGAUUGAUGAACACAGAAAUAGCAAGGGCAAUUUACAGAAUACGAAUACUAUGAUUAAGCAUCUUCUUUCUCUGCAAGAGUCAGAGCCUGAGUAUUACACAGAUGAGGUUAUUAAAGGGCUUAUACAGGUUAUAUUAUUUGCUGGAACACACACAUCAGCAGUGACAUUAGAAUGGGCAAUGGCUAAUUUACUCAACCAUCCAAACGCAGUGAGAAAGGCUAGAGAUGAAAUAGAGAAUCUAAUUGGGGAAAACAGCUUACUAGAUGAACCUGAUCUUCCCAAAUUACCUUAUCUUCAAAACAUUGUAUCUGAAACCCUCAGGCUAUAUCCAACUGUUCCACUUCUGGUUCCCCACAUGUCAUCCGAAGAUUGCACAGUUGGAGGAUAUGAAGUGCCGCGUGGCACCAUGCUAUUGGUAAAUGCAUGGGCUAUACAGAGAGAUCCUACGUUGUGGGAUGAUGCAAUGAGUUUCAAGCCUGAAAGAUUUGAUAAAGAAGGAGAGGCAAAUAAGCUAAUGCCAUUUGGAUUGGGCAGGAGAGCUUGUCCAGGAGCUGGGCUUGCUCAACGUGUGGUGGGAUUGGCUUUAGGGUCACUUAUCCAAUGCUUUGAAUGGGAAAGGGUUAGUGAUAAGGAAGAAGACAUGUUAGAAGGUGGAGGAGUUACAAUGCAAAAGGCUGAACCUCUAGAGGCCAUGUGUAAAGCACGCCCCCUUCUCAAUAAGAUUUUGGUUUAAAUAACUUCAUUGAUGGAAUAAAGUAGUACGUAUUUUAAUUUGAUUUUCUAAGUAAGAAGUUGAUUUUGGUUUCUUAGAUCAUAAAUAAAUUUCAUUUCUUUUGUUGACGUUUC